GUUAGUGCCGGGGUGUCCGGGGUAGCGCGGUUUGGAUUUUCUCUCCCAGAUGAGGGGCGACAUGACCUAGUCGUGAUGGUGCAGACAGGAUCAGCUGCUCACCAUGAGCCGCGCCCUGGACCCGGACGAGCCCGAGGAGCAAUACCCAAUCGAGCAGACGAUCUGUGGGACCUUGCAGCGAGAAAACAACUGGAAAUGUUUCAUCCUGACUUCCCUUAUCUUUGGCUGUCUCGGAGCCGUCACGUGGUGUCGCCUUACUCAAGUUACCAAGGUCGUAAUCAACUUGUCAUUGACACCAAUCAAACGGGAUCGUCAGAUGUCUCCUUGCGACGAAGGAUACAUCUACAUCCCUAUAGCAUUCAUGUGCAUGCUGUACCUCGUGUAUCUAGUGGAGUGUUGGCACUGCACGGCCAGGAUAGAGGCCGGGUGUCGUGUUGGAGUCACCAGCGUGUUGGAGAGGAUACAACAGAUGAAGGAGGCGUUACCAAUCCUGUGGUGGAAGGCUGUGUGUUACCACUAUGUACGUCGCAAACGCCAGGUGACUCGGUAUCGCAACGGAGACGCCUACACCUCCACACAGGUGUACUACGAGAGAGUCAACUCUCACGCCGCAGGGACCUCCUUCGUGUUUGCCUACUGCGGGGUCAAAGACAUCUCAAGGAAACUCAUCCUCAAUGAAGCCCGCGGGCAAAUCACAAAGAUACGCUUUAGUAAAGGUUUCGCUUUCGCAAACGUGGAGGCGGCCGCAGAGUUUGAGGAACAGAGGAAUCGGUUCUUCGCAGAGCAUGAGCGAUACGACGACUACAUGGAGAUGAGAGAAGGUCUAGACCUCACGAACAUCUCUGCGUUCAAAGAACACGUCAUUGCUCUGACAGACCCAGACCGUAUGCCGUGGUAUGCCAGCCGCGCUGUGUUCUGGAUCUGCUCCUUCUGUCUUCUGUCAUGGCCACUGAGGCUCAUACUGGAAUACAACACUGCCUAUGUCCACUAUCAGGUGACCAAACUGUUCGGAGUCAACUACGAGACGUCCGCCAGCACCGCCAUCACCCCCACCGCCGGGCUGCCCCUCCCACAGCCGCGGUCUUCCACCCUCCACAGCAUCGCACGUAGCACAGCAGACAGCGGGGAGCUGGAAUGGUGUAUCCGCGAGAACACAGUGCUCGUCCCCAGCUACUCCGAGGCCUUAUUGCUAGAGGGGAGUCUUCCAACAGCCACAUCCUCCUUCAGCAUUCGCACCAGCAACAACAACAACAUCCACAGCAACCGGGGUAGUUUGGUGUUGCGAACUUCUCAGGAUAAUAUAUCGCAAACUUCUAGAGUUUUAUAUUACUCCAGUCCUCUAGCGGAAGGGUGUCCCAGCGAUCCGUUCAGGGGGAGAGAAGCGACAACCCCUACCGAAGAACCUCCUCCCACUUACGAGGAAGCUAUGCGUUUCCCCGUCCUCACUAGGCUGCGAAGAUCUCUUACAGACCGAGGGGAGAUUUGUCGACGCUCUUUGUUCUCACAGAGGAGAUCAUGUUACGGCGAACCUUCCCCAGUUCCUGUUCAUAAUGAAAUCCGCCUGCCUUCCAGGGGCCGCACACUCAUCACCAUGGAGACCAGCUUAUAGCACAAUGUUCCACAAUGUAGUCUCUUGGCCUUGCUAUUGCACGUCUCGCUAUAAUAUGGCUAAAUAGUUAGUAAUCAAGUAAGAGUAACGUUCUAGUUUUGCCACAAAUAUGUAAGGUACAGAUGAAAAAAAAUCAACGGUGGUGUUGUGGUCUAGCUCUAGUCACUGGUGAUUAGGUCAAAGCCCAACGACGCCCCCUCCCUCGUGCACUACACAACGCUCACGGUGGAGGAAGAUCCUGUGCCCUGGAGCAAUAGGAAUUUCUACACAUUGCUCACCGCUCGGGCUCUUCCUUUCUUCCUUGCUUGUCACAGGGCAAGUAUGAGCAUUGUGGUCGUUGUUGCCUGUUAUAUAACCGCGACAACAUACUAGAGCUGAAAGUGCACGGUCGUCCUAUAACAAGUUUCCUCUGUAUUUUACUUCUCUGUGGUUUUGCUCAAAAUUAUUUCGGUUGAAGUUGUCGAUGUUGGCAUACAUGUUGGUUGAAAGUUGAAAUGAAUGCACUGUUAAGUUGUGGAUAAAAUAUAGGAUGAUUUGUUUGCAAACAUGUUAAACUUAUCAUAUUGGAUUUUUUUUUAGUUUUUUGUGCGAUCGAGCUUCUUCUAGAGGGAAGAAGGCGAAGAUUAUUUUUCAAGAGAAUCAUAUGUUUAAAUUAAAUCCUUUUAAAAUUAGAACUUUCUUCUAUUGGUGAGUUAGACAGUAAUCAGUUUUUAUUGUUAGCCUUAAAAGAAAUAAAGAUCACUGUCUACCUGAUCUAUCUUAUAAGCCUACCCCAUAUAUUACAAUUUAAUUUUGUAAAAUUUAAAUUUUAUAUUUUUAAAAAUUACAUUUACCUAAUUAAAUUAGGCUAGUUAAUUGCAACAAUUUGACAAACUCCUAAAAGGUAAUAAUUAGCAUUGAAAUCAAAAGUGAUUUGAGUACUGUCAACUUUGAGGUACGUAAACAUCAAAUCAUUGUAUUUUUUCGUAGUUUGUUUUGCCAAAGCACGAAAUGGCUGCAACAUCUUACAGUUACAAGUAUUUUAAAUCGUACAAAUGUUGAAAAGACUCUGAUAUUGUAGAUUGGAAUGAUUGUUUUUGAAAGUUUUUAUUGCUCUUUAGAAAAUAGAAAGAACCGGAAGAGGUUUUUUUAAAGUCCUCGGAUGUUUUGAAAUGCAGCAUGACUUGAAGCUUUGUCUUGGAAUCAGUGUAAUCUCUAAUGUAAGGCUUGUUAAGUGAAAUAAGUGUCAAAGUCAACACUUCUGCAGAAUGCCCUAACCUAGAUGUUUUAACAAGAUAAACAAAAGAGUUAAAUUAAUGCAAACAAUCUUCGCAUGUAUGUUUAUAAACAAAUAAAUAAUACAGCUAAGAUAUCGUAUACAGGGUAUUUCAAAACUCGCAUGUCAAAACUAAAAAGAUAUAAGAAUAUCUCAUUCCAAACAGUAAAUGAUCAAAUGUGUUUACAAAUAAGAAAUUAUGUUGAAAAACAUCUAACCACAAUGCCAUGUUAAUAAAUGAGUGACAAGGAGCAAAAUCUAAAUAUAGUUUUGAAACGCCUUGUAUCAUGAAUUAUAUGUAACUUGUUCAACAUCCAUGGUUAUAAGCUUAAGAAAACUUGAGGCUGCCUUAAAAUGUGCGUGAAAUAGCUCUUGUUAUUUUGUGGUUUAUGUCUCAAGACACAUAAUUAUUGUACAAAGUGAGUAAUAUUAUGAGAAAUCCUUAAAUCCAUACUCUGUAUUCUCUUCCAUUGGUAAACUAUAGUAAAGUGUUACAACAGUAUUAGACGUAAAUUAUAAUAAUUAACAAUUGUAGACAUAUACAAUUACAAUAUGCUUCAUUCGUUAAUAUUUUAUUUAAUUUUUUUUAUUGAGGACUACUAAAAUAUUCACAUUUUAAAUAACCUGGAUAUAAUUCCAUUUGUUUGUUUCAGCAUAAAACCCUUAGACUCACGGUUGAAGUACUGUCUAGCCGAAAUAAAAGAGGAAAUCAAUUAUUAAGCACAAAUAGUUAAGUAUAGACUUUGAAUUGUAUAACAACGUAACCAGUAACGUAUAGUUACCUUUAAAUACUCUAACAAUUGAGUCGUAAUCUUAGAGGCUUUAAAGACUAACAUUUUCUUCCGUCCUUCUUCACCUCUAUGCAUAAUUUAAACUCCACAUUUGCUUAUGUUUAUCUUCGAUGUUUAAUCAUUCUCCAUUAUUCUACAGUAUAAUACAUUACAACGGUUUUUAUAUUCAACUUAUUUGUCUACUUUAACUUCUGAUUGAUGUUUAUAGUUUAAAAUCUCGCCGGAUGAUUCGCAAUGUGUCAAAUUAAAAGUGUCUGUUUGAGGAAUUAUGUUCCUUCGUUUAUGAUAAGGAAACAUAGAGUAGACAAAGAUCCGUAAUUAUUAGUAUUAUAUAUUGUUAUACGACGUUUCAGCAGAUGAAUA